AUAAAUUAAAGAAAUUGAGAAUGAAAAAAAAGAAAUAAACAUCAUUUCUAAAAAUAUAAAAGAAGACGAGUUAAAAUGCCAAGAAAUGUACAAUAUAGCUUUAUCUGAAUUAAAACUUAUGAUUCCUGGUCUCGAAGAAGCUACAAAUAAAGUAUGCACUCUUAAUAAAAAAGAUCUCUCAGAAAUUAAAUGCUUCUCCGUACCUCCAGAAGGUGUGAAAUUAGUUUUAGGAGCUGUGAUGACAUUAAAACUAGCUGAUCCAAGUUGGGCAGAAGCUAAAAGACAACUAGAUGAUCCUAAUUUUCUACAUCAGUUAAAAGAUUUCGAUAAAAAUAAUGUAACCGAUAAUGUUCUGAAACAACUCGAUGUAUUUAUAAAAAACCCAGAAUUUGAACUAGAAAAAAUUGGUCUUCAAUCACCAGCUGCUAAAUCUUUAGGCAUGUGGGUUGUUGCUAUUGAAAAAUAUGCUAAAAUGUACAGAACUAUGACACCUAAAAGAGUGACUGCGGAUUUAGCAAUGGCAAAAGUUAGAGAAGAUCAAAUUUCCCUCAAAGAAUUAGAAGAAAAUCUGACAAAAAAACAAAGUCUGCUUGAAAAACAAAAACUGGAUUAUGAUGAAAAUAUUACUGAGAAAGAACAUCUUAGUAAUAAAGCUGAAGAAUUAAAAAGCAAUUUGGAAAAAGCUACAAAACUAAUCGAUGGAUUGUCCAAAGAAAGAAUGAAAUGGAAUAAAACAUUAAAUCAAAUCGACAAGGAAUUUGAUUAUUUACCAGGAGAUUGCGUUCUAAGUACUGCAUUUGUAUCAUACAUGGGACCGUUUAGGUUUAAAUCUCGAGAGAUUAUAAUGAAUUUAUGGUUACAACUUAUAAGAGAAAAUGGAGCUCUUAACAACCCCAACUUUGAAGUUACUUUAUUUCUAACGAACCAAACAACAAUCAGAAACUGGAACAACCACGGACUAUCCAAUGAUAGAUUUAGUUUGGAAAAUGGUAUUAUCAUUAGCCAAAGUUAUCGAUAUCCAUUCAUAAUAGAUCCACAAAGUCAAGCAUGGAGAUGGAUCAAAAAUAUUGAAAUGGAUAAUGGAUUAAAAAUUAUUGAUUAUAGAUCAAAAAAUAGUAUGCAGAAUUUAGAAAUUGCCCUACAAAAUGGAUAUCCAACUUUGGUACAAAUUGAUUUCGAAAAUGUCGAUCCACUUAUAAAUUCAAUAUUAUCUAGAUCUAUUUUGAAACAAAGAAACAAACAAUUCAUACGAAUAGGUAGUAAACUAUUACCCUACAAUGAACAUUUUAGACUUUUCAUUACAACAAAAAUAAAAGAUUGUUAUUAUUUAUCUGAAAUAAUAUCACGGACUACAGUAAUCGAUUUCGCUAUUACGGAGGAAGGUCUCGAAGAACAAUUGUUGAAAAUUUUAGUCAACUUAGAAAACCCUGGUUUAGAAGAGCUUAGAGAUAACACGAUCAUAAAUAUUGAAAAAGACAAAAAAUCUCUAGUUGACUUACAAGAUGAGUUACUUAAGUUAUUGGAUGACAGCGAAUGUUCAUUAUUAGAAAAUGAACAACUUCUCCUAACAUUAAAAUCUUCGAAAGCGACAUUUAGCUUAGUUAAAGAACGCCUUCAAAGCUCUUUAACUAGUCAGGCAGAAAUCUACAUAGCUCGAGAGGGCUAUAGACCAUGUGCCAAACGUGCGGCCAUACUGUAUUUUAUUAUCAAUGAGCUGGAUAAAGUGAACCCAAUGUAUCAGUUCUCGUUAGACUUUUAUACCGAAUUGUUUAAAAAUUCAAUUAAAAAGAGCAACCCAGCAGAACAGCUAAGUGAAAGGAUUGAAAAUUUAAAUGAACAUCACACAUAUGCAGUUUACGAAAACGUCUGUCGAGGAUUGUUCGAACGCCAUAAGUUACUUUUUUCGUUCCAAAUGUGUAUCAAAAUAUUGAUCACGGAAAAUAAAAUAAAUGAAGAUGAGUUUGAAUUCCUUUUAAACGGUGGAAUUAAACUAAAUAAAAGACAAGUAAAACAGCUUAUUACGACAAAACGUCCAGACUGGUUACCUGCAACAUGUUGGGAUAACAUUUUGGCGUUAAGUAACUUUCCCAGUUUUUAUGAUGUAGAAAAAUCAUUUGAAAAAUGUUCAACUGAGUGGUAUACGUGGUACAAGUCUCCGGACCCAGAAAAUCAAGAACUCGUUGGUCCAUGGGAAAAUAAAUGUAAUUUAUUUCAACGCAUGCUAAUAAUAAGAAGCUUGCGAUUAGAUCGAUUAUCAUUUUCUAUGAAACAUUUUAUAUCAACAAAUCUUGGACAUCAAUUUUCCGAGACGCCGAUCGUGGAUUUUAAACAUACUUUGAAUGAUUUAAAUAAUACAAAUUGUUUGAUUUAUAUUUUGUCCCCUGGUUCUGAUCCGACAAAUAUGUUAACCCACAUGACUAAAAAUUACAAUAAGAAAGGAAAAUUUCAAUCAUUAUCUUUAGGCAAUGGUCAAGAGUCAAUAGCCACCAACUUAAUUAAAAACGGACAAAAAGAAGGUCAAUGGAUAUUUCUAGCGAAUUGUCACCUCCUAUUAUCGUGGAUGCCGCAGUUAGAUAAAAUAAUUGAAAUUAUGCAAGAUGGCAAGACCCAUCCAGAUUUUAAAUUGUGGCUAAGUUCUAAGCCACAUCCCAAAUUUCCAAUAACAUUAUUACAAACUGCUAUAAAAGUAUCGACUGAACAACCCAAGAACAUAAAGUCCAGUUUAUUGCGUUUAUAUCAAAAUAUUAAUGAAGAGCAAUAUUCUCAAAACCACGCAUCGAGCAAAUACAAAAAAAUACUAUUUAACUUAUGUUUUUUUCAUUCUAUACUAACCGUAAGAAAAAAAUUUCUAAACCUGGGAUGGAAUAAAAUUUAUGACUUUAGUGAUGCCGAUUUCGAGGUAUCAGAAAACAUUUUAUUCAAUUAUCUCAACGAGUACGAAGAAACGCCUUGGACAGCAUUAAAAUAUUUAAUAGGAAAUAUGUUAUAUGGCGGAAACAUAACUGAUAUUUGGGAUAAAAGACUUUUAGACACAUACAUAAACCAAUUUUUCAAUGAAAAUUCUACUACAACUAAUUUUUACAAGCUGUCGUCACUCAUCAAUUGUCAUGUCCCUGAAAAUGGUACUUUACAAUCUUACAAGGACUUCAUAAAAACAUUACCCUGUGAAGAUGCAUCGCAGACCUUAGGCCAGCACUCAAACGCCGAUGUGAUUUAUUUAACAAAAGAAAACUAUUUGUUGUGCGAAACACUUUCAUUUUUACAAGAACAGUUUAAUGGCUCACCAGACGAUAAUGAUAAAGAAAAAAAAGUGCUUUUUCAAAUAUCUCAAAUCCUUCAAAAUAUCCCUACAUUAAUUAAUCACGAAAUGAUUGUUGAUAAAAUUGAUUUAAAAAGAAAUGUAUUGAAUACUGCAAUUUUACAAGAGGCAAUGUGUUAUAAUAAUUUACUUAAGGAGAUGGAAAUUACAUUAAUGACAUUAGAAAAAGGAAUCACAAGCCUAAUGAUUAUACCAGCUGAUAUUGAAAACAUGUUUGAAAAAAUAUACGAAGGCAAAGUACCAGAUCAAUGGCUAAAAACAUAUCCAUCUUUAAUGAAUUUGGGUGCUUGGAUGCAAAAUUUAAUUGAACGUGUAAAAUAUUUUACAACUUUGGUAAACACAAGUCAACAACCUAUUUCAAUUUGGUUGGGAGCUUUCACUUCUCCUGCUGGUUUCUUAACUUGUAUACUACUGAGUGAAUCAAAACAGUCUUCAGUCCAAAUAGAUUUACUUGGCUGGGAAUUUAUACCUAUUCCAACUUCAGUGAAUGACUUAAUAAAUCCACCAGACAAAGGAGUAUACAUACAUAAUCUAUAUUUGGAAGGUGCUGGUUGGGAUAACGAACAUUUGUGCCUGUGUGAACCAUUGCCAUUAGAAUUGAUAACUGAACUACCCAUCAUACAUUUCUUACCCGUAGAAGGCAAAAGGAGUCUCAUAGAUACUUACCAAAGUCCAGUAUAUUAUUGUCCAAAACGAAGCGGGAUUCACAAAACCUAUACAUGUGCAGUCGUAUUAAACUUAAAAAGUGGGUCACGGCAUCCAGAUCAUUGGAUUAAACGAUCUACAGCAGUAUUAUUAAAUUUAGGAAAUUAAAUUAGUAAAUUACAUUAGAGCUGAUAUUAAACUGUAUUCUAGAGUUUAUAGUUUAUACCUACACAUUCAUUAAAACUAUGUAGCCAUAUUACAUAUUAGCUACAUUUUAGCUUUAAGCGGGUAUGUGCCUAAUUUAUUGUAUUUUAUUUUUAAGUAAAGUAAAAAAUCAAAUCAACAUUUUAAUAAAUGUUAAAACCAUUGGGGAUGUUUAUUUUGAGUCAAUCACAAAUGUAUAACACUCUCGUACUUAUUGAAAGUUAAAAUUAAUUAAUAAUACAAUUUAUUUUAUAGCUCAUAUAAGGUAGUUAUUUUAUCACGAAGGAACCACUCAUUAUUUCAAAA